GUUCCGAUUUUUGGGAUGACUGCAAGGCCGGGGAUGGAUGGCAUCGACAUGAAUACCUAUAUAGAGUAUGGACCAGACUGUCAGUUCCCGAUUCAGAAUUUACCUUAUGGGGUGUUUUCGACCGCCGAAAACCCGACACAUAGGAUUGGUGUUGCCAUUGGUGACCAGGUCCUGGACCUGAGUGUGGUCCAACAUCUGUUCAAUGGUAAAUUGAUGAUGCACCACUAUAGUGUCCUAGGAGAGCCAACCUUGAACAAGUUUAUGGGCCUCGGCUUUGACGCUUGGCACGAGACGAGGGAAACCAUCCAGCAUCUGCUCUCAUGUAAAGAUAAGGGAUUGAGGAACAACUAUGAGCUGUAUGAAAAGGCGUUCGUUCCAAUGAGUCAAGUCACCAUGCAUCUACCAGCUGAUAUCGGAGAUUAUACUGACUUCUACUCAUCAAGAGAACAUGCCACAAACGUGGGAACCAUGUUCCGAGGUAAAGACAACGCGUUGAUGCCAAACUGGACCCAUCUGCCUGUGGGGUACCAUGGCCGGGCAUCAUCUGUCGUGGUCUCUGGUACACCCAUCAGGAGGCCCAAUGGACAGACACGACCAAAAGAUGAUGAACCACCAGUAUUUGGCCCCUGCAAGCUCAUGGACUUCGAGUUGGAGAUGGCUUUCUUCGUUGGAAGUGGAAACAAGCUGGGAGAACCCAUCCCUGUCCAGGAUGCUCAUAAACAUAUCUUUGGUGUCGUGCUCAUGAACGACUGGUCAGCUCGGGAUAUUCAGAAGUGGGAGUACAUCCCUCUUGGGCCAUUCCUUGGGAAAAAUAUGGGGACGACAAUCUCGCCGUGGGUGAUAUCCAUGGAAGCCCUCAUGCCUUUCGCUCAACCUAAUCCUGUUCAGGAGCCCAAGCCCUUGCCAUAUCUCCAGCAUUCCGAUCCAUUUUCCUUCAACAUCAACUUAGAAGUCGCAAUUAAACCGGAGGGGAGUGACACAGCCUCUACUGUCUGCAAGUCGAACUUCCAGCACAUGUACUGGACGAUGAAACAACAGCUAGCCCACCACACGGUGACUGGGUGUAACGUCAGACCUGGGGAUCUAAUGGCCUCUGGCACCAUCAGUGGACCAACUCCUGAUUCCUUUGGCUCUAUGCUGGAGCUUUGCUGGAAGGGGACCAAAGAUGUUGACCUCGGUAAUGAAGUCAAAAGGAAGUUCUUGAAAGACAACGAUGAGGUCAUCAUGACUGGCUACUGUCAAGGUGACGGAUACAGAAUUGGCUUCGGGAGUUGUACUGGCAGAGUUCUUCCUGCCAAUCAGAUGUAGAUGUCGACGCGUUUAACUAAGGAAUACUACUUGGAGAGAUGGAGUGACAGUGAUGUUUUAAGGGCUGACAACUGCUCAAGUGCCUCAUGAAAUAUUUUGCAGAACUUGACUCGGGGGUAGAGUCUAUAAAACUAUAUGUAAAGAAGGAUUUUCAACUUUUUGGUUGGCCCUUUAGGUUGGGGGAGCGGCAUUAUGCUUUAAACAAGGUUUUUUUUUAGAAAGGAGGAGAGGUGACUCAUGUAUUUAUGUCAAAACUUAACAAGUGUGCUGGUUAUAUUUAUGUGCUAUGAAGUUUAAUGUGCUCACAUGUCUUCUGACGGUCUCUUUGUACCAUUGUGACCCAUGAGCGUAGCUCCCUGUGCAAGUUAAAACGCGACACUCCCCUGGUACUCCUAUUAACGCUGUCUGCUUUGGGCAAUGCUUGAGACAGAGAGAGGGGAGUGAUUUCAGUAACUUGCGCUCAGUGAGGUUACGGUGUGAUUGAUAUUUCCCAGUGAGAUUUCUAUCCAGCUUGUGUGUUUGCAAAAGUCUUUUCUAAUUGUGUUGUUUGCAAAUAAUUUCUCUGUGGUUAUUUCAAAAAAGUUAUGAAGAAUGUGUUUUCACCAAACUGACUUCAACUUGAGCUGUCUGUAACUAAAUGUUUACUAAGCUGUCCACUGACCAGUCACCUUCCACAGUGAUAGUUCCCAUCUCUGAAUUGCCAAAUCGAGAAAAAAUCUAUAUCCGACCAUCCUGAGAUACAGGUAUUUCAUCCUCCAACCUCAUAUACAAAUAUCGAAAGGUGGAGUAUAGCAAGAAUCUCGUCAGUGUGAGGGGUCAGUCUCGGCAGCCCCAUUCAUCAUCACAUGCCCGGUUGAUUCAACCGAAGCCACUCGGUCCAAGUUAUGCUGAACAUGCUGUUGAUCCGCGGCACCCAGGCUAUGGAAUAAGUUGCCCCCGAGACUGACUUCUUGCACUGACAUCAAGGAAUUCAAGGCACUCUUGAAAACCUUUCUGUUCAGGAGUGCCUUCUCAUCAAAUUAGAAUUUUUUUUGUAAAGCGCUUUGAGCGGGAAUAUUUAUCCUGGAUUUAGCGCUAUAGAAGUACCAUUUUUUAUUAUUAUUAUAUUGAAAAUCACUGGUUUUGUCCAGAUGAUAUCUGAUUGAUUAUCAUACUUGACUCGAUCACAUGGACACGUUACUGUAUAUGUGAGCCUUUACCCAAGGAGUUAAAAAAGCACCAUCAGGGUUUCCGCCAGAGGGGGAAUGAUGGGGGGGAUUCAGCCCCCGCUAAAAUAUUUCAAGGGGGGAUAUCCCCCCUUAAUUUUGAGCACUAAAGUUUGUUUUACUGUCAAAUGAGUAAUUUUCAUGAUUUGAUAUGUAAAAUAAGAGCAUUUGGGAGCCAGUUGUAGCGGUUUUAGGGCCAAAAAACGUCUCAGGAGGGGUCAUAAACCCUUUUUAAGAAAAAAAAAUUUUGGAAAAAAAAAUUUUUUUUUUGCUCCCCCUCAAAUUUAAUCCUGGCGGAAACCCUGACCAUCUGUAUUGCAUUUUUGUGUGAAGCAUUUCAUAACCUAUUGCCUCUGCCUCAAAACUGAUCUCAAUGCUAAUGUAAUGUUCCCCUGUUUUUCCCUGCAGGCUGGUUGUUUGGAAUGACAUGUUCACCUCUGGACCAACUCAAAGUCAAUUGUUGCCAUUUCUACAAUAUUCCAAUGUGAUUUAAAAUCUCUUUAAUCUCGUUCUAAAAGACUUUAGUAAUCCCAAUUAUUUUCUAAGGAAAAAAGGGCUGGUUUUGAGUGCAGCUGGUCUUGGUAACUCAAUCAAGGCCCACCUUGUUCAUGAUAAGAACAUGUAUUAGUCACUGCUUAUGAGGCAGUUAAGAAUGGAAAUGGAAGUCAAAAUCUUUACUAGUAGUCUCACACUGCAUUUAUAACAUGACCAUAGCUACCUGGAAGGAGAUGAAGAGGAGAAUUGUAUCCCCCAACCAAAUAGAGGUCUACUAGUAUCAUGAGUAUGUCACUGGUAAAACAGCUGAUUAACAGUUUAUGUUACAAACAAAGUUUACCUUAGGUGUAGUUUGUUUUUUUAUAUUUGGGAUCACGGUUGAAUUUGCUGACUGUUCUGCUUCUGUGUGCAGCUGGUUAAGUUCUCACAUUGUUUGUUUAUAAAAAGGUGGUAGUGUGACAUAGCCCUCUGUUUCUGUUCCCAAUAGUUGUUGAUUGAAUGAUGUGGGCUCUGGCCAGACUCUCUCCCGGUCGGUCUGGUACAAUAAAUAGAACUUACCACAAAAGUAUACUCUGACCACAUGUAACAAUGAAAUAAUUGUGUUGGGUGAAAUCGUAUUGACCUGUAUAACUGAGAUUAAAAGAUAUUUGAAAAGUGUUGCCUUAAUUUCGGGGGGAUAUGUACUUGUAGAUGGGCAGGCCUGACCUGAUGUCACACAAAUGAGCUCCCCUCAUGUUCUACUUAGUUUAUUCUACACUUUGUAAUUGUGCUAAAUCAGUCGCAUUCCAUUUUCUUCUUGAUCUAUUGCUGACUUUGCAUGCAAAUGCUCUUGGGGUCCAGAAGGAUAUUGUCAUGAUUAUGACAUGGCUUUAAAAGUAUGUGUAUGUCACCACUUAAAAAGGUAUAUAAGGUCUCCCCUUCAUAGCCGCGAAGAUAUUUUCAUUUGAGAAUGGUAUUCAUUGCGUGAUCUACCUGUUUAUUUUCAGGUACAUUUUGUAUGUAUUUUGGGUUUGUGGUUAGAUCAUGUUUGAAUAAACAAAAAACAAGAA